AUGGGAAAAAGACAAGCUCUCUAUUUUGUUUCUCCCCAUAUCGCGAUACAGGAUGGCAUAUCGCGCGAUAUGGCAAAAAUGCAAGCUCUCUAUUUUGUUUCUCCCCAUAUCGCGAUACAGGAUGGCAUAUCGCGCGAUAUGGCAAAAAUGCAAGCUCUCAGUUUCGUUUCUCCCCAUAUCGCGAUACAUGAUGGUAAUAUCACGAUAUGGAGACAAAAUAACCUAGCAUUCAUUAAUGAAGCCAUGCAAACGCAGUUUACAAUCCAAGCAGAUAACAUCUCUUCUAUCCUAACCAUGCAGCCUACCAAUAAGGUUAAACAAAAUGAGGAAUUAGCAAUUGACUACUCUAGUGAAUUCAUCAACCAAGAUACAUUUGCAACAAGGGAUGAAUUGCUGAAAUGGGUGAGAGAAGUGGGUAGACGUCUCGGAAUGGUCUUUACAAUCAUGUCAUCAAAUCCUGGACUCAAUAGACGUAGAACACCUUAUAUGGUGCUUGUGUGUGAGCGUGCGGGUGAGUAUCGUGGCACUAAUGUACCUGGUAAAUUUGAAACGGCAAAACGAAAAAGAAGUACGAGGUCAAAAAAAUGUAAUUGCCUUUAUAAAUUAAAAGGCACUAAAUUGGGCAUGGAUGAUGACAAUGUUGGAUGGAAGCUCGAAUUUGUUUUUGGCGUUCAUAAUCACCCAUGUUUUCCAAAUUUGGAGGGCCACGCAUAUGCGGCAAGAUUAACAAGCGAAGAGAUGAAAAUUGUAGAAGAAAUGUCAAAUGCGUUGGUGCAACCAAAGGCAAUACUUACAACAUUGAAGAAGAGGGAUGAGACAAAUGUAGCUGAAAUGAAGACAAUUUACAAUGCUCGUCAUAGGCUUCAAGCGUUAGAGAAAGCCGGUAGAUCUCAAAUGCAACUUUUGAUGACGAAAUUGUCCGAACAUAAUUACCUUGAGGAUCAUAGAUCGAACGAAGAUGGUGAAGUCACUGAUUUGUUUUGGAGCAACCCUACUUGCUUGGCCUUAGGGCGUAGCUUUCCUUACGUGUUACUUAUGGAUUGCACGUACAAAACUAACCGAUACGGAUUCCCAUUACUGGAGAUGGUGGGCGUUACUUCUACGAACAAAACAUUCUCCAUUGCCUUUGCAUACUUGCAAUUUGAGAAGGCAGAUAACUACGAAUGGGCAUUGAGGACCUUGGUGGAGAAGAUGGGAGGGAGUCAUAGUCCUAAUUGUAUCAUCACUGAACGAGAUUUGGCUUUAAUUAAAGCUAUAGCUCUUGUGUAUCUAACCAGUCAUCAUUUGCUAUGUAGGUGGCAUGUUAGCAAGAAUAUUCUUGCUAAAUGUCAAAAAAUGUUCAAAAAGGAGAAAGAAAAAUGGAAGCGGUUUGAGACAAGUUGGGAAAAUCUUGUUGAGCAAGAAUCGGAGGAGUUGUUUUAUGUGGAAUGGGAUUUAAUGAAACGAAACUUCGUUGAUUUUCCGAAGGCUCUAUCUUACGUAGCUGACUCGUGGUUGGACCCGUACAAACAGAGGAAUGUAUCGGCAUGGACAGACAAAUGUAUGCACCUCGGAACAUAA